AUGUGCCUGGAGAGGUUUAUGAUCCAAGUAAAUUCCAGGCUGUUUUACAAAGUGAAGUGUUUGGCCAGGGAACAAAUUCAUGGUGGUUUUGCCCAGUCCUAUGCUCUGUUACCAAAAUAUGCUGAGAUGAUAAAGGCCACCAAUCCUGGCUCAUAUGCCCUCAUUACUUGGACUGACAGUGGGGGCAAUGGUGAAAAGUUCAAGGCAUGUUUCAUCACUUUUGCAGCUCAAGUGAAAGGGUUUUUGGGUGGCUGCAGACCCAUUAUAGGGAUUGAUGGUGCCCAUCUCAGUGGCUAUUACAAAGGAGUCAUGCUCACUGCAGUGUCCAUUGAUGGCAAUAAUGAGAUUUUUGUGAUAGCUUAUGGUCUGGUUGAUACAGAGAGUAUAGACAUCUGGACUUACUUUUUCAGAAACUUAAGGAUCUUAUUUGCACAAUAUGGAUCUGAAAGGGAUGACUGGACUUUUAUAAGUGACAGGAUGAAGGGUGUUGAAUCAGCCCUUUUUGAGGUAUUCCCAAGAGCAACUAGGAGGGCAAUGUCAAAGAUCAAGAAAUAUGAUGCAACAUCAUUUGAUUACCUUACAGCUACUGAAGAGCAAUGGAGUAGGUACAUGUUUGACAGAACAGUUUGUUGUGAUCAUAACACAACAAACUUUGUCGAGUCAUUCAACUCAUGUACAAAGGACAACAGAGAUUUUCCUGUCCUGACUUUAAUGGAAGGUAACAUCUGA